AAUUCCAGUUGAGGAGUCCUGAAAUUACGAAAUCCUGAGUGGAAACACUCCUUGCCAGAUUUAUCAUCUUCCAUAAGGUAUGCUUUUAAGUAUCUUUUCCAUAGAAAUUGAUUGAUUAGCUGGAAUUAAGUCAGUAGAACUGUAAUCAUUACUAAGUUGUAAAAGUGCCCUGAUGUCUUCAAUAACUGAGUCAUCUAUUAUUACACUUCAGCAUAUAGAUAUUGUAGUAUUAAUGUUUUGUAUGUAUAUUAUCUAUACUAUCAAUUGGAGGUGCUAAAGCUUUUUCAUAAGAAAUGCUUUAUCGUUUAUAUAUCUUAUGGGUUGCAAAAUAUUACAACUGCUUUGCAAGUAAUUGAGGAACUUUAAAGAAAAUUUACAGACUCUGUGAUUACAUUUAUAUGUCUCCCAGAAAAAGACAAAAUCUAAGGACAGAACUCUGAGCAGUGGGUUCCAUGGGUGCGGUGGGGCAAUGGUUUGGUAUCAAAGAAACAUGCCAGCUGUGUUAGGAGACGGGAUGCUUUACUCCUCCACUGAGGUGGUGGAAACAGUUGUUCUGUCACAAUUGUUCACUCAUACAUCUAAGGGGAAAUUUAUACAUGAAUAUUCUGAUAUCACCUGGAUUGUUAAAAGCAUUAUACAAAGAAUAAAGUGAAAACUACCUGUUACUUCAUCCCUCAGAAAUAUUAGCUAUCAAUAUUCUCCUUCUUGUGGUUAUUCUAGGGUUAGGUUACAUCAACACAUAUUUUUCUUUUCUUUUUCUUUUUUGCUUUUUCAAGGCAAGGUUUCUCUGUGCAAGUAUUAGCUGUCCUGGAAUUCGAUUUGUACACUAGGCUGGCCUCAAACUCACAGAGAUUCGCCUGACUCUGCCUCACAAGGGCUGGGAUUAAAGACGUGCACCACCACUGCCCUGCUAACAUGUAUUUUUCUAAAAAAAAAAAAAAGACCCCAAUUUAUAAGCUACUUCAUAACUGUUUUCAAUAAAUUAUGUAUCAUAAGCAGUCUUGAUUUUUAAUGAAGACUCUUAGCAGCAUAUUUGGUAGUAAUUAUAUUCUUUGCUUGUGUUAAUAAUCUAGUAUUAUAUUUAUGUUGCCUCUAAGUAUUUAAUUGUGGAAUAAUAUUCUCAUCUAUGCUUACCUAAACAUUUAUAUAUCUGUAUGUACUUGGGUGGUGGUUUGAUUAGAUUGCAUAACUACCCAUUAACUUUCAGAAUUCAGACUGGGAAAUAUAUGAAGUCAUGGUAUUACACUUCCAGCAACGACAUCAGAUGCUUAUCAUUUCUAUAUUUAAUUUAGAUCAUUAAGUAAUUCUAAAUAAAUAACCAUUAAAAUAAUUCUAGAAAGGUAGAGUAUUCCUCAGUUUUCUGAACCUAGACAAGAAGCAGAGUCUUGCUUGUACUGUGGACAAGGUGUAUCCCUGAGCCCCAAAUAUUACUCAUUCUAAUUGAUAGUGGUAUCCUGAGAAGUUCCAAAGACCAAAGGAGGCAGGGUUUAGCUGUAGGAAUAUGUCAUUAUGGGUAUGUCUUUGGGGACUUUAGAUUGUCUCCUUCAUUUUCUGCUUUUGGACUAGCCUGUAGUGAACAGUUUCCUUCCACAGUGUCUUUCAGUCCAGGCCCAGGACCUUUGAAUCGGCACACCGCAGACCCAACUGCUUCAACCAAGGAGCAAAAUUUAAAUAUAUGCUAACUAAAUAUUUUUUUUUCUGUUCUAGGAUAUUUAUAUACUGAAACUGACUCAUAAUCCCACUAAUCAUUUCACAUCUGGAAGUAGAAGUUUGACGUUAAGACACGAUGUUUUUUUAACAUCACAUUUUGUGGAUGUUUUUAACUUUUAAAAAUGUCUCUAGUAUUUGGAUAUAUGUAGUCUUUCUAUUCAUUCUGCAUGUUGUCUACAAAUCUUGAGUGUUUCUUCAUCCAGCCUUCCUUGCCUUUACAUAACCUGAUGAAGUUUGUCUUUCCAUUGUUCUGUGAUCUGGCGAGGGACAGGGAUUAUUCUUCCCUGUUCUAGCAGUGGGGCCACCAUAGGAGCAGUGGACUCUUGCAGCAUCACUUUUGUUCUUCGGGAACCCCAAAAAGCUGGAGGUCAGAAUGCCGAGAGCUGUCGUGACUGCUGACUCCUGAGGCUCUUGGUCCUGUGCACAGUUGGUGUUGGUACGAGCAUUUAUAUCAACAAAGAUGAAGAAGUGGGAAAUGGCUCAAGGCAACACCCUACAAUACAACUCCUUUGAUGAAGAGGCUUUAACAAAGCACUAUGAAAUCCUAAAGACCCUUGGCCGGGGAGCAUUUGGAGAAGUAAAAUUGGCUAGCCAUCUACUCACCCAGACAAAGGUAGCAGUAAAAGUUCUUCCAAAAGGCACAAAGAACAGCUUCAUCAAAUCAGAAAUUGAAAUAAUGAAAUCUCUAGACCAUCCCAAUAUCAUUAAACUUCUGCACAUAAUCGACACCACAAAUAACACUUACAUGGUUAUGGAACAUGCCAUAGGCGGAGAGCUGAUGGCCAGGAUUGUGGAGUUUGGCUACCUACAGGAGGAGGAGUCCCGUAAGGUAUUUAAACAGAUGGUAUGUGCCCUCCAGUAUUGUCACAGGAAAGGGAUUGCUCACAGGGAUCUAAAGCCUGAAAAUAUUUUAGUGGACGGCAAAGGAAAUAUAAAACUCAGUGAUUUUGGGCUGGGCACCACACUUACCAUGGGGCAGAAGCUAGCAUAUUUCUGUGGGACCCUUCCUUAUUGCGCCCCAGAACUCUUUGAAGGUGGAGACUACAAUGGCCGAGCAACCGACAUCUGGAGUUUGGGGGUUGUACUCUACUUUAUGUCGACAGGGUGCCUCCCUUUCAAGGGAGUUACUUUUGGGGUACUAAAGGACAAAAUCUUGGCAGGAAAGUACUCUGUUGAAUUCAAGCUGUCGCCAGAGCUUUGGGAUGUUAUUGCUAAGUUGUUAACUGUAAAUCCUAGACAAAGACCAAGAAUAGAUGAUGUUGUGGGCUUUCAAUGGCUGAAGCAUGGCAAUGAAGGUUCUCCUAAUCCCAUUAGAGAGAACGAUGAGGACAGCUACCCAGACCCCACUGUGAUGGUCAUCAUGGGCGUCAUGGGUUAUAAGCAAGGAGAGAUAAUGGAAGCUUUACGGGAGAAGAAGUUUGAUCAAGUGAUGGCCACCUACUUGAUUCUUAGGCAGCAGUUACCCUGGGAAGACAUUAUAAAAAAUCUUCAGCCCAAGCAGUCUGCUGGAACCUUGAACCUUACAGGCCUUCCCACAAUACCUAAAGUGACUAUAAAGAGGGGAUCUAGUGUCCCUAUCCUUCCCACUUCUUCCAUUUUGCCUACUCUACCUGAGAGUCCCGAGAAUGACAAAAAGGGGAGAACGAGGUACAGUAUGCCUCCCACCGUGAACUGCCCUGACAAGAAAACAGCCCCCAUUUAUAGAAUCUGCCCCCAGUGGGUACAUGAGGCUAAUUUCAUGAACAGCACCUGGGGGGAUUCAGAGAGCACUAUUAACACCUCCGAUGAAAUCUCCGAUGAAAUAUGUACCAGAGUGUCUUCAGCACUGGAAACUUAUUCCAGCGAGUUAUCCCUGAAUGUGUCCAAAGCUGACCCUAACAAAUCAAAGAGCAAGGCGUCCUCACAGGAUGUUUUAUCUCAUCACACCCCAAUAAAGGAAGUUCAGUGCAAAGACGUCAACACAGCAGGUGAAAUUAUUGGCUCAUCUCUCCCACAAACCUCACCUCAGGAGGACCUCAGAGGACAGCCCCACAGUGUGGCUACAGCAGGUUCAAAGAACAACAUGACCUCACAAGAUAGAUCACCCGCAUUCUCCAGCAAAGAGGCCCAGGAUGAGGGUCUCAUUGUACGAGAAAAAGACCUCAGCCCAUCCUCCCCAGAAAUACCUCAGGGACACCUCAGUGGCCGGAGACAGACUGCACCCAGAGCCCCCUUUAGAAAGCGGGCUUGGAAGAGCCUACAGAGCAGGAUUAUAAAAGGCCUGAGAAGUUUAUGCUGCUGCAUACCAACAGAAAAGAGGGAGCGCCUAGGCUGCAACAAAAUCCUGCCUGUGACCUUAGAGGACCAUGGAGGGAGCCAAGGUAACAGUGCUGUUGGAGGCACUGUGCUCCCCGGAAGCUGAAACCAGAGAGUGAAGAGCAGCAUGCUGAGGAUGCACAGGGCCGCUGGAGAGAGCCAGGUAGGAAGUUCAGAUGGCUGUGUACCAUGGGAAGCUGUGUUCAUAUCACAGGCUGAAACUAGGAGCAAAGUGUUCCUGUGUCUGCAGAUGAUGACUGGGGAGGAAGGGGCAUGGCACACCCUUCUCACCUCACCUGGACCCUGAGGACUGAGAAAGGAUUCUGGGAGGCAGGUCUGACAGACUCAUGAUCCUCCUGACUCUCCCUUGUAGGUAGGUUCAUGAUGGCUGGUGGU